UGUCGGAUUGUCGGCAUUCAUGCAUGAGGGAGGGAUCCCCCGACGAGAUUCUACAAUUAUUUAAGGACCAAGAGUAGUCCUGCUCCGUCAGACUUGUUCAUCAUCAUCAGAUUCAAAUCAAAUCAGCUCUCAACUGCGCUCAUAACAAUUAUCAACACACUUCCCGCGUUCUUAACGUCAACAAUGGCUGCUACUCGUCUGCUAUCUCGCAACGAUGUCCUUGACGUCAACCCCAGCACUGGUACCAACAUCUCCUUGGUUAGCCAUGGCUCGGAUUGGUAUUGGACUGCAUUCUCGAUCAUGGUGGUGACUGCGAUCUGCUAUGCGGCUACUUCGUUCAAGGUUCCUCGUCGCGAACGCUUCUUCCAUUACACUUCUAUCGCUGCUGCGAUCUUUGCUUCCGUCACCUACUUCUCUCUUGCUUCCAAUCUUGGAUGGACUGGUGUUGAGACCGAGUUCUCUCACUACCAGGCAGGUGGCAUCAGACAGGUCUUUUAUGCUAGAUACAUUGGCUGGUUCUUGGCUGCUCCUCUCUUGGUUAUGAACAUUGCAUUUUUCAGUGGACUUAACUGGGUCACUGCUUUAUUUAUGGCAGCGUUGACUGAGGUCUACGUUGUCUGCGGUCUCAUUGCGUCCUUGGUCCCAAGCUCUUACAAGUUUGGCUACUUCACCAUGGGUGCCUGCGCAUGGAUCUUGCUCUUUGUGAACAUCUUCUUUGUUGGAAUGCGUUCUAUCAAGACCUUGAAUGCGGCAACCGUCGAGCCUAAGCUAGCUUCGAUCUUCAGGUCCAUCGUCGCGGGAGUUGGUCUCAUCUACUCUCUCUAUCCGAUUGCUUGGGGUCUGUCCGAGGGAGGUAACGUCAUCUCUCCCACUUCUGAGGGUGUCUUCUACGGUGUCUUGGAUAUCAUGGCUCUGCCCGUUCUUAACUCGAUCUUGCUCUUCUACUCGCGCAAGCUCGAUAUCGAUGAGCUUGGAAUCGGUAUUCCAUCUGCCACCCACGCCUCACCUGAGAAGAACACUGCCUAGACUCACGUAAUUACCUGAUUCUAGUUCCAGCAGAUGGCUACUAUUUCGAGUCUUCUGGGUGAAUCCAGAUCAUGGCAAUUUUUAUUAUUAUGAUGUCUACGAACUAAGUAUUAUUGGUGUCUCGGUGUUUUGGGUGGAGUUCUUUUGCUUUUCUUUAUUUUACAACUCUUUCUGGAGUCUUUGAUAUGAUAUAAAGUGUCUUACUAGAUACUUUAGUCAGUUUAAUAUGAUUCAUUUCAAUUUUAAA